UAACUCUUCCAUUAUGGGACAGAGGAAAAAAAAGGUUGGACACCCCAGCUCUUGCAUAAAGAAUGGCCAACAGUGUAACUCAGUAGAAAAGUUUUUGCAGUAAAUAGAAUUGUGUUUGUCUGGUUGAGGGAAUACAAGUCACUGGACUCGUCUGCCUUGUUUCUGCUGUUCCUCUUAACUCCAGUGUCCCUUUCACCCCACUUCAGGAAUUUAAAGGAGGGAGAGCCAGCCUUGACAUUAUCUGAAAACAGUGGCUUGGCUUUCAGUGAAACAGCAUGUGGCAGUGGGACAAUCAAACUGUGAAUAUUGAGCCCGAAUACAUUUUCUCUGUCUGUCCUUCCCAGUUUUCCUUUGAGAGGGGUGGGGGGUGAGAUUCAAAGAGAAAUAGAGAACUAGCAGAUGCUACCCAGUAAAGAUUUAUGAGAAAAUUUUUACAAUGUUUUAUUUACCUCCUCUAUGUAGUUGAGUUUGGUUUUUACAAAGUAGGAGAAGAUAUUUACUUAUUUAUUUUUACUUUAAAACAUUUAUUCAUGAUGCCAAGGUCAUGAUUUUUUAAUCCUGGUAUAGACCUCUUAUUAUUUUCUUCUGUGUCCUUAGACUUUGGUCCUAACUGUUCCUGAAAUUUGUCAAACCCCAGGGAGAUAUGAAUGAAUCAAUGUCGAUUCUGUCUAUACAAAUGAAAUUUUUUAAGAUUCAGAAGCAUAUGUCCUAUUAACAGCAGACUAGUCAAACCAUAUUCAUAUAAGAAUGAUAAAAGAAAAGUUAUCGGCCUGCCUAUUUAGUUAUUACACUUUAAUGAUAUAAACUGGAACACAAAGGUUUACACAGCCUGUAAACAAUUGUAGUCGGGAACUACCUUAAAUCUUUUGUAUUAUCUCUGUAUACCUGUUAAGUAAAAUGAAUUUUCAGAGUCCUUUGACUGUUUGAUUUAUGAAUUAAGCCUUGAUAGAGCUUCAAGUAUAAUUUCUGGCAAGUGUUGAAGUAUUUCCACUGACCAGGUUAGUUUUUUUAUGAACAAAAAAUAAUUCUGGAAUCAAUUAUAUCGUAACAAAAUCCUUAUAUCCUAAGCAUAAAAUUAUUGGAUGUUUAUUAAUAUAUUCUGAUGAACAUGUUCUUGUGGUAUUUUGCCAAGAUAGGAAGUGAAAUCAAAUGGAUGUCGGUGAGUACCCCACGGCAGCAGUUACUUCACUGCGUUGGUUCCGAGUGACUUAUAACUUGGAAGCCAUCCUUAGUUACUUUAUAGGUCAGACCUGCUUCUGGGAUCCAACUCUAUGUUGUGGUUAAGAAAUGUUUCACCUCAUACAGAGUGAAUCACAAAACAGAAAUAUUUACAUAUUAAAAAAUAAUUACAUUUGAAGAAUGAAGAGGAACAAUUUGCCUGUUGCAAAUAAAAUUGUCCCGUCUUCACCAACAGCAAAACAGCCCAAACUUGAGUUCUACUCUUCUUUCAACCAGACUCAUGAGUACACUGUUCUUGACUGGGGCAGUUUGCCUCUUCAUGUGCUAUUACAGAUUUUUCAGUAUCUUCCUUUAAUAGACCGGGCCCGUGCGUCUUCUGUGUGUAGGAGAUGGAAUGAAGUGUUUCAUAUUCCUGACCUGUGGAGAAAGUUUGAAUUCGAGCUGAACCAGUCAGCUACUUCAUAUUUUAAAUCUACUCAUCCUGAUCUCAUUCAGCAAAUUAUUAAAAAGCAUGCUGCCCAUCUCCAGUAUGUCAGCUUUAAGGUUGAUAGUAGUACAGAGUCUGCAGAAGCUGCCUGUGAUAUACUUUCUCAGCUGGUAAAUUGUUCUAUCCACACCUUGGGCUUGAUUUCAACAGCGAAGCCAAGUUUUAUGAAUGUGUCAAAGUCCCAUUUUGUGUCAGCACUUACGGUGGUUUUUGUCAACUCAAAAUCAUUAUCAUCGAUCAAAAUUGAAGACACGCCAGUGGAUGAUCCUUCAUUGAAGAUUCUGGUGGCUAACAACAGUGACACUCUAAAACUCCUAAAAAUGAGUAGCUGUCCUCAUGUUUCAUCUGACGGAAUCCUUUGUGUAGCUGAUCACUGUCAAGGCCUUAAAGAACUGGCAUUGAAUUAUUACAUUCUAAGUGAUGAGCUUCUCCUAGCACUUUCAAGUGAGACUCAUGUUAACCUUGAACAUCUUCGAAUCGAUGUUGUGAGUGACAAUCCUGGACAGGUUAAAUUUCAUUCUAUUAAAAAAAAUAGUUGGGAUGCGCUUAUUAAACACUCCCCUAGAGUUAAUGUUGUUAUGUACUUCUUUUUAUAUGAAGAGGAAUUUGAGACCUUCUUCAAAGAAGAAACCCCUGUUACUCAUCUUUAUUUCGGUCGUUCAGUAAGCAAAGCAAUUCUAGGACGGAUUGGUCUUAACUGUCCACGACUCGUUGAGUUAGUGGUUUGUGCUAAUGGUCUUCAGCGUCUUGAUAAUGAACUGAUUUGUAUUGCUGAACACUGUAAAAACUUAACAGCCUUGGGCCUGAGUGAAUGUGAAGUUAGCUGCAGCGCACUCAUUGAGUUUGUCAGACUGUGUGGGAGAAAGCUAACCCAGCUGUCUAUAAUGGAGGAAGUUUUGAUCCCGGACGAAGACUAUAGCCUAGAUGAAAUUCACACAGAAGUUUCCAAAUACCUGGGAAGAGUAUGGUUCCCUGACGUGAUGCCUGUCUGGUAAAUGGCUACCAAAGAUUCUGACCCUUUUUUUUUUUUUAAUCAGUAAGGUUAGUGGCUUUCUGUCUGUGCAAAUUUAAAUUUUCAGAUGCACUGUUGAAAUAUUUUAGGUCGAAUGUUUUAUCAUUUGCAAAGUCUCAAUGGACUGCUGCAGAAACAUUUGAAAAAAAUGCGAGAAAUGUGAAAAGCUAGAAAUCUCUAAAAAUAGGGCACAGGUACUGUAUGUGGAAAGUACAGGUGGUUUCUAAGUAGAUCCUCAGCCUUCUUUGAAGGCAUACUUUAGGUUGCUAAAUAAUGUGUAAUACUGAACUUGGAUCCCUUAAGUUACUUCAUUUACCAUGUAUUGUUUUAAUUGCUUCUGUUUUAUCUUAAUAUCAAUAUAUUUUAUAAAAUACAUAGUGUUAAAAACCAAGUGUAAAAUCAAGAUCUAGAGACAGACUUACUUCAUUACAGCAUUUUCAGCAGUACAUAUGAUCAUCUUGUGAUUCAAUAAACAACUCCUAAUUUCCAGUGUACUUUGAAUGCUACUUUAUUAUGUUAACCUGGGAGACAGUGGGCACUCAAUUACAAUUUUAAAAUAUUAAUUCAUUUUAUAAAGAUACUCAUGAAAAGGAAAAAGAUACUCACUGUGAUUGUUAAUUGUUUAAAUACACCAAGAAAAUCUUGCAGGAUGUGUUUGGGGAAUCAGUAUUUAUUGGCCUACUGUUAGGGAUUUGGGACUAUGCCAGCUCCUUUGCAUAGGUGACCUUGUAAUUCAAUUACUAACACAGGUAGACGCUUCAGCGGCUGCCUAUUGUCUUUAGAAUGAAGAUGUAUUGUUUAAAUGACUCACAAGGCCCCACAGGUCUGCCUCCUCCCUGCUUCCUUGGCCUCCUUUCCACAUAGCUGCCUGUAGCCCUUCUAACUCACUCUCUCUCAGUCCCCAGCGCUGCCCUGCACGCUGCACCCUCUAGUGGCCUUCUCACAGACUCUUCUCUGCGCCUGGCUUACUCUGGAUGUCACAUUCUCAUGGAAGCCUGCCUUGACACCUGGCCCAUUCCUCGCUUUUAGGUCAGGUCCCUGUUGCAGGUAUACUCAGUAAUCUAUGGCACUUACCACUGUUGUGACUUAUCAUUUACUGGUCUGUUACCUGUUUAUGCCAUUGCUCUGUAAUCUCCACCUUUGCAAGAUCUCUUUUGGGUCUUUGCUCACUGUUGCAUAUUCCCAGCAUCUGGCAUGCUGGUUAGUUAGCAGAUACUAGGCACUGGAUAGAUUUUACUUAAGUACUUUGUUUCAAACUUGUCCAACCCCUAGUAUCUUAAAUUUCUUUCUAAGAAACCAAGCAAAUUAUUUUCCAGUUUUUUUAGAUUUCACCUACUAAGCAGUUAGAAUACGUUGUAAGUGGUUUUUUAGAAGUAGCAGGCUGAGCCCCUUUAUUUAGACUGUGCUGCGCGUAUAUUCUCAGCCUGUAUGUGCUCUUUCUCGCUGUGAGCUCUGCGAGGCAUUUCACAUUCGCCUUUGUGUUCUCACUCUCAGAACAGUAUGUGCCACAUUAGUAAGCACUCAGGAAACGCUAAUGGGGCUGACAUUACUGGUGAAAAAAAUAAAAAAAAUUUCUUGAAAACUGAGUUACUGCUAUUACAGAUCACAUAAUUUAAACUUUAAGAUUUCAGGAGGGUAUAGAAGCAGCAGGUAAUAAGGAACUUAAAAUAUGAUUAGGAUGACAGAACAAACACAGAAGGAAUGGCUUGAACGAGAAGGAGCUGGGGAUCAGUAAUGGUGGGAAUUCUGAAGGGAUGAGCCUCCGGUCUCGCCUGGUAUUGCUCCUCUGCCACGAUAAUGCUGGACGAGGUGGGUGGGAGUUUGUACAGCUGAAUGGCAAGGAGAUGAAAUGCCACUGGUGUUUGCACUGAAGAUCAAGGAGCAAAACAGAGGGGGACCAGAGAAGAGAGGCUGGGGGGAGUUUCUCCCCAUAGCCUACUAGCAUGGAGAGAUGAUGUGUGCCCUUGGCCUCUUCUAUCAAAUGAGCAGUUGCUGCUCCACAGAGUGCUUUCAGUGGCCCAGUAACUGAACCUAGUGCACUAAGCACUGUAAUGAAUCUCAGAGCAAAACUCAGAGUAACCGAGGUUCAUUAACUCAUGUAAGUUCUCCCAGUGGGCCUGACGUACUGGGUUGACAAAUGGAAGAGCAAAACAUUUUUAAGAACAGCCAAAAACAAGAUAAGAAAACACAGAGUAUUUUUAGUGCUUCCUCUAAUGAGAAUGUCCCUAUUUACUUUGGAAGUCUGUGAAAAGUACUGUUUACCUAAGACUAGAGGAUUCUUGAUAAAUGAGUUUGAUAAUAGGUAGAUUUCAAACCUUAGUCUUUGAAAAACAUUUAGUUCUCUAAGCAAAUUUGUUCAUGUUAAAAAUAUUUAUUUGCAUUUGUUAGAGGAUUCUGGGAAAGUUUGGCCAAUUUUAUGGGCAAAAAGUAAAUGGAGAGAAUGGGGGGAAAGGUCCUUUCAGAGGCUGUGCUGAAGAAAACAGAAAUGGAGAUCUCAGAUGUUCUGGUUUUGGCUUCAUGUGUAUUGUACAAAAUAGGAGGGAGAAAUGGGGAGGCAAGCAGAUUUUUAAGUGUGUAUGUGUGGCUGUUAGUGUGUGGUGAGCGUGGUAUGUGUUGUUAGAGCAUGUGUCACUGUGAGUGUGCGGUGAGUGUGUUAUGUGUCAUUAGAGCGUGUGUGGCUGUGAGUAUGGUACGUGUCGUUAGAGUGUGUGUGACUGUGAGUGUGCGGUGAGUGUGGUACGUGUCGUUAGAGUGUGUGUGGCUGUGAGUGUGGUACAUGUCAUUAGAGCGAGUGUGGCUGUGAGUGUGGUACGUGUCGUUAGAGUGUGUGUGGCUGUGAGUGUGGUACGUGUCAUUAGAGCGUGUGUGGCUGUGAGUGUGUGGUGAG